AUGGUACCAGACGCUGAGAAGUCAAUCGCCGUCGCGACCAAAGAUGACAGCCACAUCUCUCCUCGCCAGGCGGAUGCAGCCUUGGAGUAUCUCCAGACUGGAGAAGUGACGACUUUCUCCGAGGUCGAAGAGAAGCAGCUUGUGCGGAAAAUUGAUCGCAUGAUCGUGCCCCUGAUGUGGGCGAUCUACUUCCUCCAGUACCAGGACAAGAUUCUCAUCAACUAUGCGUCAGUAAUGGGGUUGCUGGAUGACACGGGGAUGCGGACUGAUCAGUUCUCCAACCUGGCGUUGGCGUUCUACGUCUCAUACCUCUUCUUUGAACUUCCGACCGGAUACCUGAUGCAGCGUCUACCGACGGCAAAAUAUCUAGGCUUGAACGUCACUCUGUGGGGGCUGUUGACAACUCUGAAUUGCGUUGCGAAGAACUUCGCUGGGCUGGUAAUUCUCCGAGUUCUUCUGGGAUGUUUCGAAAGCGCAGUGGCGCCAGCUCUUAUACUCAUAACCUCUAUGUGGUACCGGAGAGACGAGCAACCAAAGCGAAUCGGCCUGUGGUACUUGGGAACAGGCACUGCGACUAUUGUCGGGGCUCUGGUCGCCUACGGUCUCCUCUUCUACACAGACGAUGAGUUCUACUCCUGGCAAAUCAUGUUCUUGAUUUUCGGACUGGUGACCAUCGCCGUCGGGGUUACAGUCAUCGUUAUCUUCCCGGACAAUCCCAUGACCUCUUGGCUCAGCCACGAGGAGAAGAUCAUGGCCAUCGAGCGCCUCCGCGAGAAUCGCACUGGCAUCGAGAACAAGCAGUUCAAAUGGAACCAGUUCCUCGAGGUGUUCGCCGACCCGCAGGCCUACCUGAUCGCCAUCAUCGUGGCGGCCAGCAACAUCAGCAACGCCGCCAUCAGCAGUUUCUCGGCGCUGAUCAUCAAGGACUUCGGCUUCACCACCAAGGAGACCGAACUGCUCACGAUCCCGGGCGGUGUCGUCAGCGUGGUCAGUAUAUUGGCCGGGACACAUCUGGCAGGACGCUUCGACCAGCGCUGUUUCUGCGUGCUUGCCAACCAAGGCGCGAAGCUGGCGGGCAACUACCUGACCAACUGCGUCGGGUCCGCCCUGCCGUUGAUGUACUCGAUCGCGGGGGCCAACGUGGCCGGGCACACCAAGAAGGUCACGAUGAACGCAAUCGUGCUCAUGUCGUUCUGCCUGGGCAACAUCCUCGGGCCGCUGUCAUUCCGCACGCAGGACGAGCCGGAGUACAUGCCAGCCAAGGUGGCGAUUGUGGCCACCGUCUCGGUGGCGAUCGUGUUCACGGGCGUGCUCAAGGGCUAUUACAUCUAUGAGAACCGACGGCGCGAGAAGAACGGGCUGGGUGUGCAGCACCAGGAGGACUCCGAGUUCCUCGAUCUGACGGAUCGGGAGAACCUGGAGUUCAGGUAUAAGCAUUGA